AUGUCGGCGUCUACACAUCAGCAGCAGCGGCCUACGCCCAGCGCGCUAGACGAAGACUGCGGUCAUCUUCAUUACCCGCAUCCUGAAAAUGGAAGCCUCGUUCCUCUGGCUGUCCAGAGCCUCCGAUACGGACCUGAAACUCCCGAGAAUCAACAAUGGGCAAGCCUGGGAAUGCCUGCAUCCCGUAUCCCCACGCUGCAGGCUGCCUGGUAUUGGAUAUUAUCUCCUGUUCUGGUGGAAGGAAGCGAAGAUCGACGGUUAACAGCCGGGUCCGCUUCACUCGUAUUUUUGAGGCUGGUUGUUGUAGCCCCCUUCACAGGCUUUAUGCUACCUAGUUGGACAAAUGGAGUACCAGCUUUGAUUUCUUGGAAUGAAACCCGACAAAACGCUCUUGAAGCGGACAGUCUGAAGUAUGAGCUCUUUUACGACAGGUUGUCAACGGCCCUUUCGCAUUCAUCGUCCAUAGAAGAAAACCUGUCCACGCCGGCCACCUUCUCAGCCAAUAUACAACUGGGAGGGCAGCAGGUCCAAUCUGAGAAUCCCGAUUCGACUAUUACCAGAAGCCACACCACAUUCCAAGCCCGGUCUCAACCAGGGGGUCUCUCCUUACGGCCAAGAUAUCUCUGCUUCUUGACCGGCUCCGAGGAAAAGCCAUAUCGUACCAUUUCCGUGUCAGAUUACAUCCACGAGCAUGGCGAUCAAGCAGAUACCGAGUUCAUCUUUGUUUCCUACACGCGAAUGCAAUUCAGAGUGGCCACUGACGAGGAAAUUGAUGCGUAUGACUAUCCAGAUGAGGAAACGCGAGACGCCAACCGCAAAUUGGCCAAGAGUGACCGCGAGACUCUUGUACGCUGGGGCGUGGAUGCGGCUUUGGCCGCCGGCAAGCCAGCAUUCUGGCUUGACUUUGAGUGUGUGCGCGACUCUGAUGGCGUGGCCCGGUCAAGCAGCAAAAGCGAGGACGUCUAUCGGAUCUGUGAUAUUGUCCGAGCGGCUCAUUCUAUGAUAAUUGCGAUUGGGCCAUCAGCUGAAGACAAGGUGAAAAAUCUGUUGCGUGGUGACGAUAGCGGAUCAUCCCAGAUCUUCAAUACGGAACAUUCAUCACAAUGGCUUCGACAAUGGGGCUCUCGUCUCUGGACGUUGCCGGAGCUGCUUCUCUGUCCCAACGAGUAUCGCAUCAAACUGUACGUCUUUGGAGAGUCCAAGGAGCCUAAAGAACUGGCGAAACGAAACUUUGCCGAAAGGGCAUGGGAGGAUGCCGAGUCUGUCAAGGAGCUGGUUAACCACUAUGAAGCUUCUGCAAUCCUCACACCGCGACAGCUAGUUGAAAUUGCCUUGGAGUGCUUCGCACGUCGCAAAACGGAUCAGUUCAGUGCCGGAGACGUCGCCUACGCCAUUAUGGGAUUAUUUCCAGACAGCCAAAGACCACAGAUCGACCAGAAUGAUUCCGGUUUCAGGGCUUUUGCCCGGCUCGCCCUGGCAAUUGACGACGGGAAUAUCCUCUCGCGGAUGAUGUGCCUUGGUCCACUGCACGCUGGCUCCCCAUGGUCAGACACAUCAGACUAUUGGGGCUCGAGGUUGAGAGAUUUCCGUCCAGCGUGCCAUGUACUAGAUGUCACAAAUUCGGAUGCCCUUGUGAUCCAAGACGUCUACGCCACGCCCAUCAGUUGGGACAAAAUCGAGCGUUCUACGUCCAUGAAGUAUUCAGGCAAGAGGUUUAGAACUCCACUCCUCGUGGCCUUCAAUAUUGCAUGGAUAUGCCUUCCGUGCUGGCUGUGGAUAACACACAUCAUCCCAUACGAUAGGAACUCAAUGUUCUUGUUUGCUAUCUUGAUCUAUGUAUCAGCUGCGGUGAUUCUUGUGUGUUCUCUCGUGUUCCCUUUCAUCUUCAUGUUUUUUGGGAUGCCUUAUUGUGCAAGUAAAGAAAAAAGCCGGGUCAUUGGAAUUCAAGGAGCUGUCGAUACUACAACUGUCGAACGAUAUAUUUGGGGAUUCAACCAUGGGAGGCUGAAGGAGAUAGUUGCGGAUGACGAACAAGGUGGAAACCUGGACGCAAUUCGCAAAGGACCCGCCGGUCAGAUCUUCACCAUCGUCGAUACAACUACGCUUACGAUGACUGUGGUGCGGUGCACCACACCUCCAGUAGCCAUCAUCGUGUGUGGGCAAGCUGGAGGGACUGAUCGGGCCCUUUUGUGCUCUUUCAACUGCAAGACGGGCUCCUAUCACCGUGAGAAAGUCUUACGUGUUGACCCGUUGAUGAGCGGCCUGAUGCAUCGUGCAAGGUCACUGCAUUUGUGCCUUACGCCCCUCGGUCCAUCCUCAACACCAAUGACUGUGUCAGGGAACGAUGGUGAAGCCAGUGGCCAUGGGCUCGGCAUUGCUUCCAGAAUAACAGAAAGCGCGAAACUAACAUCCAAAUCCUGGAGUUUGAAUCUUCUGAUUAUGGUGACCGCUACACAAAUAUUCAGUUCUCACACGUCCUUCUCAACUGAGAAUUUUUAUUCGUGUAUCGCUUAUUUAGCUGGGAUUUUACUUGCUCAAUUAGCUGCAUUCGUCUGUUUUCGCAAAGGCGUUUUGUUACAAAUCACAGCACCGGCUUUAUACAGUAGCGAGAUGUUGUAUUUCUUCCAGAAUAUGACCUACCGCCAUUGCAACUUUCCACCGUGGUUGAUGUUGCCUCUGUGGUUGAUGUUGCAGUUAUUGCAUGGGGCUGCCAUAGGCAUCGCGAUAGCUGGCUUGGUGUUCUACCAUUGGGCAUGGUUCUCCAAACAGAAGGCGGUAUGGCAAAUCCUAGCUUGGGCCGUUCUGACUAACGAGAUCUUUCGUGCUGCGAGCUUAUUCGUCAAGCUUUACGAUCGGCCGUAUCUCAACCACCUUCUGGAUAUUACAAUUUCUGUCAUGAUCCUUGUCUUGACGACGGUUUCUUCCUCACAUCUGAGCUUGCCUCAAGAUUCGCCCUCCCUAGAUGUACCGGAAAGGAUGGCUACUGUCUCUUCCUCGGCUAUUUCUAAAUAUAUUAACGAUGAGAGGCCAAAGUGGCUGAAAACAUCAGGAUCUUCAUGGCCUCUUAUGGUCCUUUAUUCCACAGUUAUCACAAUCAUAGCGUUUAUGAGUGGGACCAUAUUUUCCAACGCUCCUCAUUAUCCCCUAUACCACUUCUUGGAACUCCUACCGGGAUCCACAGUUGUUGUGGUUUCGAUUUUGGCGAGCCGGGUUUCGCUACGCUAUCUACCAGGGCUGAUUUAUAUGACAAUGGUUUCCUGCUCCGUUGCUGGAAUUUUCCUGCCUGUUCGGCUGCAUUUGAUUAUUCUUCCACUUAUUUGGGUAAUCAUUCUCGAUGAAAUGGACACGUUGGCCCGGGCCUUCGGCUUGCUCUGUAUCUCGAUCGCGGCAUGGGCAGCUGGGAGGCUCAUUUCGGCCACGUUGAUUUCCUUGGACAAAACCGCGAUCCUGAGUAAACCAGUUUUCGCUACUGUACAAACAUGUUUAGUGGUGCUGGCCGGGACAUUGACAGUAAUCAGAGAGAGGAGGGCUGUUUCUGCUCAAUGGGCAAGAACUGUCCAGUCACAAUAUCAAGACGUUGAUGAAGAGUUGGCUUAG